CGGACAAGAGGCCACCAUCGGCAACGGUGAACAAUAGUCAGGGUGGCGGGAGUGCGAGUAGUACAAAUCGUCGAACGCCACGUCUGAAUCAGUUUCAGGAAGUGCGACGCAUGGACAAGAGUUUGGAGGAGCAUUUGAAGUAUGCGGAGCUGAUGUUUCAGGCUUCAGCUGCGAGUCCGGCACAGAAUCAGCGUCUGUACGAGCGUGUGCCGUAUGCGGAGAUUCAAUUUCCGCCAGAAGUGAGGCGACGCAUGGCGAAGAGUCGUCUGUAUCGGCAGAAUCAGCGCCGAAAGGUGGUGGAUGAGGAGGAUUUGUAUGGUGUGGGAAAGCAGGAGAUCUCGCUGGCCAAUGUCUUUCCGCCGGUGCAUCAGAAUGCCAAGAAGUCCCUGGUCGGCAUUCGCUGUGGCAGUUGCUGCAAAAUCCGGCGCUCGUCCGAGUCGAAUGACAAUGAGGAGGAGGAGGAGGUGACUGAGGAGGUGGAAAAUCACGUGAAUAUGCGCCAGGAGAACAGUGAUGAGUUCAGUGAGAAUGAAUUCAUCACGAACAGCAUUGGUGGAUGCGAGUACUGCUUCAGGUGUGGCGUGGUGGAUGGUGUCACUGGCGAGAGUGUGUGUAUCUGUGAUGGUCAUGGAAAUCCCGUGGAGGACGAUGAGAACUCGGUGAAUUGCCUCGAUGAUGAGGACUUCUGUGAGUGUGGCGUGAGAUAUCAGAAGCGGAAGGUGAAGAGGAGGAAGUCCAAGAAGAAAUUGCGCAAGAAUCACUCAACACUGAGAAAGAAUGGUUACAGCUACUAUAGUGACAUCACACAGAAAGGAUAUGAGAAGAAGAGAACAAGACUACUUCAGCCGUAUUUGGCGAAGAAUGCGCAGCCAGUGACGGACAAGAGAAGUCCUGAGAAGAAGACUGCGGAGGAGUCAAAGCCCAAUUUUCGCGGAUGCAGUCCAUAUAAGUCGCCACAUGAUGUGAAUGAGAGGGACUUGAGGCCGCAGCAGAUUCUCGCGCAAAUUGCCCAGAAUCUGAAGAAUCGUGCCGCAAAUGUGCCAUCGACGCAGACGGGCAGUGCCAGUGGCCAGAGUGUGCAGCAGCACAAGAAACAGCCUCAGCAGCAGACGGAAUCUGGCGCUGAGGCCAGGAGAAAUCGGCGUCUGGGGCGACAAGAGAGUCGAUACACGAGCGAAGUGAGACAAGAGGCCGUUCAGCAAGCUCUGGCCGCACUAAAAAAUCGACCAAAGCCUAGCUUACCAAUGCCAUCAAAACGCAGUUCUGUGCUUAAUCGUAGUCCCGAUCGUGACAAUGAUGAUUCAGAAUCGUCAUCUGAGGAGGGAAGUAUUCCAGAGGAGAGAAUUUCCACGCCAGAACGCGAUGGAUACAAUUUGCCACGUGAUCACGUUGUUGGUGGGAACAUUCCGAGGGAGCCGGCAAAGCUGCCAUCGCAUCAUCCGCCGAGUCGCGAGCAUCACAAGACAUCGUCGCACAUUUCCGACAGGCGGCCACAGAAUCUGCCCGCGCCACCGCUGUCGGACACCUCGAGUGCAGGAUCGCCGCCAGCCAGUGUUCACAGGACUCAGAAGAACUCGUACGACAUGACGGACAUCUCGGACUUUCAGAUUCGUCCGUACGCCGCGCCUGACAUCACGCAAUUCAACAACACACGGCGCGGAGCAGAUCGUGUCACCAGAUACGUGAAUGUGGCGGGAACGGAGCCCGGUGACACGAGCACGGCGGGCAGAUGGAAGGUGUCGGCGAAGAUUCAGCAGCUCUUGAACACGCUGAAGCGUCCCAAGCGACGUCCUCUGCCCGAAUUCUACGAGGACAAUGACAUCGAGCUGGAGAUUGCGGCCAAUCCCAAGGAUCCGAACGCACCGAAGCCCGAGGGCAGCACCAUGACGCCCGUGCAGGGUGAACAGCUGGUGGUGAUGUCGGGCCUGUCGCGCACUCUCGAGGCUGCCCUGCAGCGAUACGGUGGGAAUUCACCAAAAUCACCGAUGGCGACAGUUCUGGAUCCCAAUGGGAAGAUGACAACCACACUGACGUAUGGGAAGCUGAUGUCGCGCGCCCAGAAGAUCGCCUACGCACUCUCCACGAAGAUCUUCAACAAGGGCUCAGAACAGAUUACGCUCAAACCUGGAGAUCGAGUCGCUCUCGUCUAUCCCAACAGUGAUCCUCUCAACUUCAUCACAGCCUGGUACGGAUGCAUGUUCAGAGGCCUCGUUCCACUGCCAAUCGAGCUGCCUCUGUCGAGUUCGGAUUCACCGCCUCAGCAAGUGGGCUUCCUGUUGAGUUCGUGCGGUGUCCAGAUCGCGCUCACAUCCGAGGCGUGUCUCAAAGGACUGCCAAAGUCCACGACGGGAGAGAUUGCGAAAUUGAAAGGAUGGCCACGACUUCACUGGUUCGUCACGGAACACCUGCCCAAGCCGCCCAAGGAUUUCAACAUCAACAACGUGCGCAUCAACGAGGAUGCCUUGUCGUACAUUGAGUACACGACGGACAAGGAGGGCAGCGUGAUGGGCGUGACAGUGUCGCGUCAGGCCAUGAUUAAUCACAUUCGCGCCCUCACGAUGGCCUGCCACUACACGGAGGGUGAGACUGUGGUGUGCGUGCUGGAUUUCAAGCGUGAAGUCGGUUUGUGGCACAGCGUGCUCACGUCAGUGCUGAACGGAAUGCACGUUCUCUUCAUUCCUUAUGCACUCAUGAAGUUGCGUCCGUCAUCGUGGAUGCAAUUGAUCACGAAGUAUCGCGCCUCGUGCUGCCUCGUGAAGAGUCGCGAUCUGCACUGGGGCUUGCUGGCGACGAAGGAUCACAAGGACAUCUCGCUGUCGUCGCUGCGGAUGCUGCUGGUGGCGGAUGGCGCCAAUCCGUGGUCGCUGUCGAGUUGCGAUCAGUUCUUGAGUGUGUUCCAGUCGAAGGGUCUGCGGCCAGAUGCUAUCUGUCCGUGCGCCAGCAGUUCAGAGGCUUUCACGGUGUCACUGAGGCGACCAGGACGCGCCCAGGGUGGCUUCAGUCAGUCCGCCACCACGGGCAGAGGCGUCCUGUCCAUGGCCGCCCUGUCGCACGGCGUGGUGCGCGUGGACAGCGAGGACUCCCUCACGUCGCUCACGCUGCAGGACUGUGGCCAGGUCAUGCCAGCCACGACGAUGGUCGUGGUGCGAUCCGAAGGGCCGCCAGUGCUGUGCAAGACCGAUCAAGUGGGUGAGAUCUGCGUGACUUCUGGCGCCUCGGGUACGUCGUAUUACGGUCUGGAUGGACUGACGAAUGCGGCGUUCCGUGUGCAGCCGAUGCCCGAGGAGCCGCCGGAGCCGAAGGAAGGGGCGCCGCCGCCGCCCGUGAAGCCCAUCAGUGACGAUCAGUACGUGCGCAGCGGUCUGCUGGGCUUCCUGGGGCCCGGCGGUCUCGUGUUUGUCUGUGGCUCACGCGACGGCCUGAUGACCGUGACGGGACGGAAGCACAAUGCGGACGACAUCAUUGCCACCGUGCUGGCUGUGGAGCCGAUGCGCUUCAUCUAUCGCGGCCGCAUCGCCGUGUUCAGCAUCAAAGUGCUGCGCGACGAGCGCGUGUGCGUGAUUGCAGAGCAGCGGCCCGAUUGCUCGGAGGAGGAGUCAUUCCAGUGGAUGUCACGAGUGCUGCAGGCGGUGGAUUCCAUCCACCAAGUUGGCAUUUACUGUCUCGCUCUCGUGCCACCGAAUCACCUGCCAAAAACUCCAUUAGGAGGAAUUCAUCUGUGUGAGGCUCGUCGGCGAUUCCUCGAGGGAUCUCUGCAUCCAGCUAAUGUGCUCAUGUGUCCACACACGUGCGUCACGAAUCUGCCGAAGCCGCGCGAGAUGCACCAAGGCGCACUCCAACCACAAGUUCUAUCUGGAAGUUCAUCUGGAUGUGUUACAGACACGUCUGUGGGUCCGGCGUCAGUGAUGGUGGGAAAUUUGGUGCAGGGCAAUCGCCUGGCUGUGGCGCAGGGACGCGAUAUUGGCCUCUCGGAUGACAACGAAAGGAAGCACCAACUGAUCACGGCCGUUCUGCGCUGGCGAGCCAACUCUUCGCCGGAUCACGUGCUGUACACAUUGCUCAACUCGAAAGGCGCUGUCGCGAAGACACUCACGUGCUCGGAGCUGCACAAGCGCGCCGAGCGAAUUGCGGCGCUGCUGCAGGAGCGCGGCAAGAUCAAUCCGGGCGAUCAUGUGGCGCUGAUCUUCCCACCGGGUGUGGAUUUGAUCUCUGCAUUCUACGGAUGUCUGUACUUGGGCGCCGUGCCAAUCACCAUUCGUCCGCCGCAUCCACAGAAUCUCACCACGACGCUGCCGACAGUGCGAAUGAUUGUGGACGUGUCCAAGUCCGUGAUCAUUCUCUCCAUACAGAAUCUGGUGAAGUUGCUCAAGAGUCGCGAGGCGGCGUCGUCCAUUGAUCCGAAGAGUUGGCCACCGAUUCUCGACAUUGAUGACAAUCCGAAGCGCAAGUUGGCCACCAUCGCCAAUGCCACGAUCGAUUCCACGGCCUACGUGGACUUCAGCGUGUCCACGUGCGGCCGCCUGAGCGGCGUGAUGAUCACGCAUCGCUCGCUGAGCAGCCUGUGCUCCAGUCUCAAGCUGGCGUGCGAACUGUACCCCAGCCGACACGUGGCGCUCUGCCUGGAUCCGUACUGUGGCCUGGGCUUCGCCAUGUGGACACUGAUCAGCGUCUUCAGCGGACAUCAUUCGAUCCUCAUUGCGCCCUAUGAAGUGGAAGCCAAUCCGAGUCUUUGGCUCUCAACACUGUCGCAAUAUCGCGUGCGUGACACUUUCUGCUCAUACGGCGUGAUUGAAUUGUGCACAAAAGCGCUGAGCAAUUCCAUUCAGGCACUGAAGCAGCGCAAUGUGAAUUUGGCGUGCGUGCGAACGUGCGUUGUUGUUGCCGAAGAGCGACCGCGCGUUCAGUUGACGCAGCAAUUCUGCAAGCUCUUCCAGGCGCUCGGGCUCAACACGCGCUGUGUGUCCACGUCGUUUGGGUGUCGCGUGAAUCCGGCGAUUUGCGUGCAAGGCGCCAGUUCGGCAGAGAGUGCGCAGGUUUAUGUGGACUUGCGGGCGCUGCGCAACAAUCGAGUGGCUCUGGUGGAGCGCGGAGCUCCGAAUUCGCUGUGUCUCAUCGAGUCCGGGAAACUGUUGCCAGGCGUGAAGGUGAUCAUCGCCAAUCCGGACACGAAGGGUCACUGCGGAGAUUCGCAUUUGGGUGAAAUUUGGGUCCAAUCGCCGCACAAUGCCGAUGGCUACUUCACAAUCUACGGCGACGAGACGGACUACAACGAUCACUUCAAUGCGAAGCUCGUUACGGGCGCCACGACGGAGACAUACGCGCGCACAGGCUACUUGGGCUUCUUGCGGCGCACUGAGUGCUCGCAGGCGGGCUCCAUUCUGGACGAGACAACGCCCAGCAUCGCCAGUCGCGACAGUGACAACGAGUCGCUGCAUUCGCAGACGCAGACUCAGCUGCACGCUGGGCCGCCAGGCGCCGGACAGGAUCAGGAGCUGCACGACGCCGUGUACGUCGUGGGCGCACUGGACGAGGUCAUCACGCUGCGCGGCAUGAACUACCAUCCGAUCGACAUCGAGAACUCGGUGCUGCGCUGCCACAAGAAGAUCGCCGAGUGCGCCGUCUUCACGUGGACAAAUCUUCUGGUGGUCGUCGUGGAGUUGGACGGAAACGAGUCCGAGGCGCUGGAUUUGGUGCCUCUCGUCACGAACACGGUCCUGGAGGAGCAUCAGCUGAUCGUGGGCGUGGUGGUGGUCGUCGACCCGGGAGUCGUGCCAAUAAACAGCCGCGGUGAGAAGCAGAGGAUGCACUUGCGCGACGGCUUCCUCGCCGAUCAGCUGGAUCCGAUUUACGUUGCCUACAACAUGUAAAAGCAUCGCCGCAAUCCAACUGCUGAGAGUAUUUUCUAGUGUGCAAAAAUGAGCCUAAAAAAAAAGAAACUGCAUUGUUACGAAGUAGGAUAAUUAUUUAGAAGACGUCUUUCUUUCCUUUCUCUUGGCCAUUUUGGGCGUGAGAUUGUGGAAUUGGCGAGUGUUUGUGGGGGAAAGAAUAAAAGAAAAAGAUUAGGUUAAUAAGAAAAAA